AUGUCGGAGACAAACUCGAACCUUGUUCCAGACACCAAAGAGGAAAGAACCGAUACAUCCUCUGAUGGCCUGCAUGGUAGUUGGGCCAUGGGAAUUGCACUCUUUGGUUUGACGUUUUUGUGUGCUCUUAUUCCGAAGAGAGGAGGCAAAGUCCCGCGACCGGGUGAGAAAGGUGGGAAGGACGAGCAGGGCAACUUUGUUCCUGUGGCUUAA